AUGUCCCCGGUCCCCGUUCAGAACCUCAAGGAGUGGCACACGCCGAGCUCGCGUACCGAAGUCAUUCACGAGCUCAUCAAUGGCGUCGACAGGUAUAACCCUUCCAACCUGAGCUUCAUGGAGGAGUACCUCCAGAGCCAGGUCGCGAGCGGCGAGUACGACCUGCUUGCGAACCUCGCGAUUCUUAAGCUCUACCAGUUCAACCCCCAGCUCUCCAACCCCGACGUCAUCCUCAACAUCCUCAUCAAGGCGCUGAGCGCCACCGUCCAUGGCCCUGACUUCAACGUCUGUCUCGCGCUGCUCCGCGAGCCCGCUGCGAUCGUGCACGACAUUGACAGCGACGACGAGAGCCUCAUCAUCGCCAUGCCCUUUCUCCAGGGCCUGCACGACCUUGUCCGCGCGUGCCAGUUCACGAAGUUCUGGGCUGAGUUCAACGGCUCCAGCGAGGCCGCACAGCUCCUCCGUUCCAAUCCCAACUAUUUCCCCGCGCACGCCGGCGUCUUGUCCAAGUUCCGCACCGAGUUUGCCUCCUCCAUCGCCGCGUCCUUCUCCCGCGUCCGCCUCGCCCAGCUCGCUCGCUGGCUCGACAUCAAGCCCGCCGACGUGCCGGCCUGGUGCGCCGAGGCUGGGUGGAGCGUUGACGGCGAGCUCGCCGUCGUCCCCGAGAACGGCGACAACAACGUCAAGGCUGGUGUCGUUAAGGAGAACGUGCAGCUCAAGCAGCUCACCAAGCUCGUUGCGGCGGCUGCGUUCUAG